GUUAAAAACGAGGUCAACAUAUAGAGAACCCACCUCAACGGCCCAAUCAUCUCCCAGUCCAAACUCCCCAAAUCCACCAAUGGACCACUCUUCCUCACCUCCCAAACCUAAACCCAUCACAACCACCAAAACCGCCGUCGCUACCACAUCGCCGCCGCUCCUCCGCCGUCUUAUAAGCGUCGACAGCAAGCUCUCCCUCCACCUCCACACUCUCGCGAAGCCGCUCCUCUCUCCCUCCCUCCUCCUCCUCCUGGAGCUCUCUGCCGACUUCCGCCUCUUCUUUCCCCUCUCCCUCUCCCUCCUCCUCGCCCCCGCCACCGCCGCCGACCGCCUCCGCCCCUUCCUCGUCCCCUUCCUCCUCGGCCUACUCCUCGACCUCGCACUUGUCGGCCUCCUCAAGAUCCUCGUCCGCCGCUCCCGACCUCACUACAACCCCAACAACAUGAGCGUCGCCGUCUCCGUCGACCACUUCUCCUUCCCGAGCGGCCACUCCUCCAGAGUCUUCUUCGUCGCCGCCUCCUUCUUCUACUCCUCCGAUCUGGAUUUCUUCUCCCUCGCCACGGCCGUUUGGGCGUGGGCCGCAGCCACGGCUCUGUCUAGGGUUUUGCUCGGCAGGCAUUUCGUCGUCGACGUCCUCGCUGGCGCUUGUUUGGGCGUGCUUGAAGCUCUCUUCGCCUUCCGGUUUCUGAGGUUUGAGAAAUUCCUUUUUUGAGAGAUGAAUGGGUCAAACUCGGAGAGUUCAAAGGCUGCUAAUGUUAAGCAAGCAUAGAGAUUUAAGUUGAAUCUUCUAAGCUACUAUGGUUCAGAGUUCUAUUGCACACUGAGUGUCAUUGAGGUGUUUGGAGUUGAUGCUGUCGAGGAAAUGCUUGAAGAUGUGAUAUCCGUCGGAGGCAGUGUGUCUGUGUCUGAGGGAGCAACCGCUGAUCGGAAACCUCUUUUGUCCCAGUCGGAGCCCCUUGAGGUCGGAGCCCCUUGAGGUGUGUGAUCUUGAUCAGCAUAUGUGUAAAGAAAUGGGUUCUCAAACUCAAAAUGAUGAAGAGCAAUGUGCCUGAUCCUAUUGAAGAAAGUAUGUCAUCAACAAACAAACUGGAAGGGUGCCUGGGGAUGCAGUUCUCAAAAUACUUGCACAGAAAGUUCGCGCAUUGGAUCAAAAUUUAUCUGUUCUGGAGUGAUACCUCAAGGAAUUGACUUUCAGUCUUCAGAUAUGGCAAUAUCUUUAAAGAAAUAAGAGAUAAAGACGUACUUUUUAUUUAUUUAUUUAUUUAUUUUUUUAUAGAGAAGAGCCACGGGAUCAUUAUAUGUGAAAUGAUUUUGUCUUGUUGAGUUUCAGUCAUCUUAUCAAUGUGAUAAAAAUUUAUGACACUAACAAUAUAUCUAGUCCACUCUUAAAUAUUUUUGUAGAAUCUCUCUUGCUC